AAAAAUAUCAUGUGAGGAUACACGUGACAACUUUAUAAGCCAUCUCUAUGCUGCUCUGUGUUCGAAGAAAAUCAAUACUUUCAUUGAUUGCUAUGAUAUUGAAAGAGGAGAUGAAAUUUCAGAACCACUUUCUAAAGCGAUCGGAGAAUCAAUGAUCGCAGUUAUUGUCUUCUCGAAAGGGUAUGUCACUUCUGGAUGGUGCCUUGAAGAACUUGUAAAGAUCAUUGAAUGCAAGAAAGCGAGAGAUCUGACGGUAGUGCCAAUUUUCUAUCAAGUAGAUCCGUCACAUGUAAGAGACCAAAAAGGGACAUUUGGAGAAGCAUUUGUGAACCAUGAAGAAGAGCAGAGGUCAGAGAAGGUGAUGAGAUGGAGGAAUGCUUUGAACGAAGCAGCUAAUCUUUCCGGAUUUGAUUCAAGUAACAUUAGGUCUGACGCUGAGUUAAUAGAGAAUAUUGUCCAAGAAAUACUGGAAAAACUGAAUAAAGUAUCCCCAAGUGAAUACAAGGACUUCGUUGGGAUAGAAUCAAAAAUACAGGAACUUGAAUUGCUAGUACGUCUUAAGUUAAAAGAUGUUUCCAGAAGUGUUGGGAUUUGGGGAGUAAGUGGUAUAGGCAAGACAACUCUUGCUCGUGCAGUAUUCAGCAGAAUCUCAAGUCAAUUUGAAAUUGUCUACUUUCAAGGUAAUGUCAGGGAAGAGUCGGAAAGAGUUGGAUUGAAUCAUUCGGGUAAAAAACUUAUUCCUGCAAUAGUAAAGGACAGAUGGGCUGUUUCGGAGCCCACCUUCACCAUAAGUAGGUUUCGCAAUAAGAAAAUUCUCAUUGUUUUUGAUGAGGUGCCAUGUUUAGAGCAAAUAGAAAAGUUAAUCGGACAUCUUGAAUGUUUUGGUUGUGGAAGUCGAAUCAUUGUGACAGCAAGGGAUAAACAAGUGCUUAAAAUUUGUGGAGUGAGUAGUGAUAACAUGUAUGAGGUUAAGGGAUUACCAUCUGAUGAAGCUCUUAAACUUUUUAGUCGUUAUGCAUUUAGACUGGAUGAGCCCCGUGCAGAUUACAAGGACCUAUUAAAAAGGGUAAUGGAAUUUGCUAAAGGUGUUCCAUUAGCACUUAAAGUUUUGGGUUCUUCGCUAUUUGAGAAGACAAAUAUAAAUUGGGAAAGUACAUUGUAUAACCUAGAAAGAAAUCCAAAUCCAAUGAUCCAAGAUGUGUUGAAAAUAAGUUAUGAUGGACUUGAUCGUCAAGAGAAGACUAUAUUUCUAGAUAUUGCAUGCUUUUUUGCAGGAGCUGAAGAAAAAUUUGUAACAGAAAUCCUUGAUGAUGCCGAUUUUGAAUGCAAAGUAGGAGUACGCAAUCUCUUUGACAAGUCUCUUAUAACUAUAGGUGGUUGCAAUAGUAUAGAAAUGCAUGAUUUGUUACAAAAAAUGGGGGAGGAAAUUGUCAAACAAGAAUCCAAAGAUCCAAGCAAGCGUAGCAGAUUAUGGCAUCAUGAUGAUAUCUUUCAUGUGUUGAGAAGGAGCAAGGGAACUGAAGCAAUUGAAUGCGUCUCCUUGGAUAUUUCUAAAAUAAAAGAGAUAAACUUAAAGUGCAAUGCUUUCUUAAAUAUGCAAAACCUCAGAUUCUUGGACUUUUAUUGCCCCAAGAAAAGUGGAUGUAGAUUCUGGGACAUGGAUGGCAGUAGAUGGUUCGACUUUUAUUGCCAAUGCUUCUUAUUAGACAAAGAUGAGAAUGUUGAUGGCUGUCCAUAUUGCUCACUGGAUGAAGAGAAUGUGAGUAAGGUGCGUGCUUUGCAGGGCCUAGAAUUCAGUUCACAUAACAUAAGGUAUUUUCGAUGGUUUGGAUAUCCUUUGGAUUCAUUGCCAUCAAAUUUUGCGCCGGAAAAUCUUUGUGCACUUAUCAUACCUGGUAGCAACAUUAAACAACUCUGGAAUGGUCUCCAGCAUCUAGAGAAGUUGAAGCAUAUUAACCUUAUGCAUUCCAAGCACCUCCUUAGAAUUUCAAAUCUCUCAAUGAUCCCAAAUCUUGAGAGUUUGAUUCUAGAAGGUUGUACAAGUUUGAUUGAGGUUCCUUCAUCAAUUCAAUGUCUAAAUAAGUUGGUUAUGUUGAAUCUUAAAGGUUGCAAAAGCCUUGGUAGUCUUCCCACAGACAUUCACUCAAAAUUUCUUACACAUCUAAUUCUAUCUGGUUGUUCAAAUCUUAAGACGGUUCCAAAGAUCACAUUUAGCAUGAUUUACGUAUAUUUUGAUAGAACACCUAUAACAGAGUUGCCCUUGAUUGAAUGUUCAUCAAGACUAUCUCAAUUGAAUCUUGAAGAUUGUUCAAGGCUUGAAAGUCUCCCAAGCACCAUUUGUGAGUUGAAGUCUCUUGCAUACCUUUGUAUCUCGGGUUGCUCAAAGCUCGUCAAUUUGCCCCAGCAGUUAGGAAAUUUGAACAGACUUCAGACAUUGUCCUUAAGCAGAUAUAGGGGUCAAGAUCUAAUGGUAGGUUCAGUAUGGCCUCUUUUAUCAUAUUUGAGCUCUCUAUCGGAGUUAGAUUUAUCUGAUUGUCAAAUCACGAGGUUACCCGACAGUCUGAGCCUCUUAUGCUCUCUAGAAAGAUUAAAUCUAAGUAGAAACAAUUUUGAAUGAAUACCAUCAAGCAUCGAAUAUUCUUGGUUGAAAAGUCUGGACAUAAGCUAUUGUGAGAGGCUUAAAUUGUUACCAAAACUUCCAUCAAGUGUUAGUCAGCUUGAAGCAUACAAUUGUACAUCAUUGGAGGUAUGUUCUGACUGAAAAUUAUUGUCAGUGGCGGACCUCAACUUUGGUAAUUGUUUUAAACUGGGUAAUGCUCGGAAAAUACUCAAAGCCAUGGAGAAAAAGGAGCUAUCUUUGUACCUGGAAAAAAAAUUCCAGAGUGGUUGAGCUUCCAAAAUGUGGGAUCUUCUUUAACUUUUGAGCUAUCACUUACUUUUCCUAAGAAUGAUCCCAUGCUAAGCUACACUGUGUGUCUUGUUGUAGCAUUUCCAGACCAUGACAAACUCCCAAAUCUUUUUCUGUUCGAUUGGCAAAGACCAAUAUGGUAAGACGGUGGGGAGCAUUGAGAUACCUACUGGCAUAAAUUUCAAUGCUACAGGCUUAUGUCAGAUCAUGUAAUCCUGAUAGAUUGUGAUUCAAUUUGGUGGGGAAGAACAGACACCGGGUCUGUUACUUUUGAUUUCAGUGGAGAAGAUUACAAUGUGAAGAAGUGUGGCGUUAAGUUAUAUUUCCACGACGAUGGUAUUGAAGAAAGCUCAAACAUGGAUGAGGAACCACAACCCAAAAAACUGAAAAUGUAAUUCCUUUUAAGGCCAAUCCAACUCUCAACUAAAGCUUUUGUUGUAAAUAUUGUGUAACAAAUUCAUUAACUCUCAAGUUGAGAGGAAUAAGGAAUCAACACUUGAGAUUUUCUUUCCAUGUAGGGAUAAUAUCUGACAACCUCUUGAGGUCUACCCUAUAUACCCAAAACACCAUGUAUCACGAAUGGCUAAUAUUACGUUU